AUGUCGCGAUGACCUUUACUAUGUUGCACGUGUUACGUUCUUGCCGUUUAAAUAGACUGCCAAUUCGGUGGAGUUUAGCCAGUAGAGGAAAUAUCGUCCGGUCACCUCGGUGUUCCUACUUUGGAUUUGAUCAAAAAAUCAUGUCUUUUACUACUGUUGAACGAGGUGCUCCAAAUUCAACGGACUACAGGAUAUUCUACAAGAAUGAUGUUAGUUCCAUUUCACCUAUGCACGACAUUCCUUUGUAUGCCGAUGAAGCAAACAAAAUAUUUCACAUGGUGGUAGAAGUACCACGAUGGACAAAUGCAAAAAUGGAGAUUAAUCUCACGGAAAAGCUCAAUCCCAUUAAGCAAGAUGUAAAGAAAGGCAAGCUUCGAUUUGUUGCCAACUGUUUCCCACAUCAUGGAUAUAUAUGGAAUUAUGGAGCUUUGCCACAAACAUGGGAAAAUCCAGAAGUUUUGGAUGCAGAAACAGGUUGCAAAGGAGAUAACGAUCCUAUCGAUGUCCUUGAAAUUGGUUACAGAGUAGCAAAAAGGGGAGAAGUAUUGAAAGUGAAAGUCUUGGGUACUGUCGCUCUUAUCGACGAAGGGGAGACUGAUUGGAAAAUUAUCGCCAUUGAUGUAAAUGAUCCUUUAGCAGAUCAAAUGAACGAUGUCAGUGACAUAGACAAGCAUUAUCCCGGUCUUUUAAAAGCAACUAUCGAGUGGUUCAAAAUAUACAAGAUUCCUGAUGGAAAGCCUGAAAAUCAAUUCGCUUUUGAUGGCGAAGCUAAAGACAAGGAGUACGCGCUACGUGUGAUCAAAGAAGUGCAUCAUCAUUGGGAGAACCUCAUUAAGUCGGAUGAACCCGCCUCGAUUGUUCGUGCGAACGUGACCGUAGAGGACAGUCCGCAUAAAAUCACUGUGGCCGCAGCUGAUGAAGUUUUGAAACAAGCGCCGAAACUUCAGGAAGCUCUGCCAGUAGAGAGCAUUGUCGAUAAGUGGCACUACGUCCAUCUGAAGUGAAGAUACCAGUGCGCUCGACACGGCGAACACGAACUUUCCUCAAAUUGCACGGAUGCCUGCUUAUUCGUCGGCACGUAACAAAUCUUAUUCCUCUCUACUUAUGUACUGAUGAUAUAAAUCUAUCUUCCUUGCUUCAGAUAAAAAUCCAGUAGGUCCAAUUAACAUUACCUAGACCCUUUACAAGAAUCUUGAACUGAAUGGUACGCACCGGUGUAUACUUUAGUAGCCAAUCUUUGUUCUUUAUUACAAGAAAAAGAAUUUCACUAGGAAAAGGUUGUGAUGUAACUAUAAUAAAGAUAAAGGAGGAUACUUGAAUAAAGGACCAAGUUCGUUAUUUAAAUAUAAAAAAAUAUUAUUUUCAUUAUCAAACAACUGCAAUAAAUAAAUCAAUUUAA